UGUGUUUUCUUUAAAAUACAUAAUUCUUGUUAAUGGGUGCCUUGGCAUCACUUUCUGGAGUAAAGAACUGUUUCUGCCCGGCCUCAUGGUCAUCCGAGUCAGAGUGCAGGAUGAUCACAUCGUAAAUCCAUAGAAACAGCUGAAAAAAACCCACUCCACCUGCGCUACGGCCACAUAGCCUUCCCGGUCCUUGGCACCUUGCUUCCGAUCACUGCAGCACUCACUCAACGUUAUACUCAGCCUCCAUCCGGCCGAUAUACGCCCAAGGAUUAAACCAUCAUCAAGCUGAACCUGGCCGACACGUAUUUACAUAUUUCCACAGGUGAGUUCCAGCAGAGACUGAUAGCAGUGGUAAACUGGCACCCCCACAAAACGACCCAAUAUCUUCGCGCAUCUGGUUGCCUCUAGCCCCUCCAAGCUUAGCCGCCUAUCCAUAUCCAGGCCAUCGAUCGUCAUCUCCACAGCUCUUUCGAUUCGGGAUAUAGACUAUGGCCAGUCAACAGACUCCGGGUCCAACAGCUCUCAAGGCUUCCUUGUCCAACCCUCAGGUUGCUUCCGCUGAACGUACUGAGUUCGAUCGUUGGAAGAAUCAGUUUGAACAAUUUGCGACUCAAGAUGAUACAAGCACGAGGUUUUUGGACGAGGAUGGAUUUAUCAACGCAGUUGCACCCUCCAAUGAGACCUUUCACAAAAUCCAUAAAUCUCAAUAUUCGAUCUUGUUCAAGAUUGCUGAUUUGAAGAAAAGCGGCAAAGUUACCUGGGACGAUUUCGUGGUGUUCCAAACUUUGUUAAAGAAACCUGACGCUGAAUUCGAGGUCGCGUUCAAGUACUUUGAUCAGGAUCGUAAUGGAGAUGUCACUUUUGAAGAAUUUAAACGGGUAUUUUCGGACAACCUGAGACCAGACUCUCUGCCAUUCACUUUCGAGUCUCCCUGGGUGAAACUGUUUUUAGGGAAACGAGGCGGUCAACAUGUGCUAGGCUACAAUGAAUUUACUCAAUUGAUGAAGGGCCUGCAAGGUGAGAGGCUCCGGCAGGCAUUCAGCUAUUUUGACAAGGAAGAAACUGGGUACAUAACGGCGGAUCAAUUCAAGAGAAUCAUUUUGGAAUUGGCAAGGCAUAAGCUUUCAGAUAGUAUUCUCGAGAGUCUACCAACACUAUGUAAUAUCAGUACUGGUGGCAAGAUUUCCUACUCCGAAGUCAACGCAUUUCACAACGUAAUUCGAGACAUGGACACAGUAGAACGGAUUCUACGGGAGGCGAUUGCGAAUUCCCCAGACGGCAAAGUCAAUCGGCAAGAUUUCUUGAAUACGGCUUCACGCCAGACGCGUUAUGUCGCCCUUACCCCUAUGGAAGUCGAUAUUGUCUUCCAUUUUGCUGGCAUGGGUGAAUUGAACGCACGUCUUGGGCUCGCCGACUUUGGGAUGCUCUUGGAUCCGAUGUGGGAACGACGAACAACACUCGAAGAUCAAAUGACGGAUGACUUGAGUGACGGCAACUUCUGGCAUGGAUUAGGGAAAUCAAUUUACAACUUUGGGCUGGGUGGAAUUGCCGGUGCCUUAGGAGCCACGGCUGUUUAUCCAAUCGACCUCGUGAAGACCCGUAUGCAGAAUCAGCGUAGUAAAGUGGUCGGGGAGCUUCUUUACAAAAACAGCAUGGAUUGCGUGCAGAAAGUAUUCAAAAACGAAGGGUUCACCGGGUUUUACCGAGGCCUACCGCCGCAAUUGAUUGGUGUCGCUCCAGAGAAGGCAAUCAAGCUGACCAUCAACGAUCUGAUCCGAGCCAACGCUAAAGACCCUGUAACUGGAGAAAUUGGACUUGGAUGGGAAUUGUUUGCAGGUGCGACGGCGGGUGGUUGUCAGGUGGCCGUUACCAAUCCCCUGGAAAUUGUCAAGAUCCGCCUUCAAAUGCAAGGUGAGAUGGCGCGAGUCGCGGGUAGCGAACCUAUUGGUGCGAUGCAUAUCAUCCGGCAACUGGGGUUGGUUGGGUUGUAUAAGGGUGCCGCGGCGUGCCUUUGUCGUGAUAUCCCGUUUUCGGCGAUUUAUUUUACCGUUUACUCACAUCUGAAAAAGGAUACCUUUGGUGAAGGAGUCAACGGAAAGAAACUGAGCUUUGUCGAAACUCUAAGCGCAGCGGCUAUUGCAGGGAUGCCUGCAGCUUAUCUAACCACGCCAGCUGAUGUGGUCAAAACCCGAUUGCAAUCUGAAGCCAAGAAGGGCGAAACUCACUACAAGGGUUUGAUGCACUGUUUUAAGACGAUAUUAAAAGAAGAGGGACCAUCCGCUUUGUUUAAGGGGGGCCCAGCUCGAAUUCUACGAAGUUCACCUCAAUUUGGUGUCACUCUCGUAUCUUAUGAAUUCCUUCAAAAACUCUUGCCGUUCCCAUUCGACCAUCAUCCAAAACAGAUGGAGAGUUCCGUUGCAUCUGAUGUGGAGCUUCCACGCCUUCGAGCUAGGAAUGCGAUGAAAAUUCUUUUGGAUGUUCAUGAGGAUUUUGGGAUGGUGAAACGGCCGACGAAAUAGAGAAGCUGGGCCGGAAGGUCAUAAUAUCAGCCAAGAUUCCGACCGAAGCUUGUGUGAGGAAAACAUAAUCGAUCAAAUCAUUCAGAAGAUUCAUGUUCCAGCGGGAAAAUCUAGGGAAAAAACGGGCACCGGCGGCGAUAUAUAAUAUAUACUCUUACACACACUUAGAUAGAUAGAUUUCAGAGGAAUUAUGGCUGGUUUAUUCAUAGCCCUAGAAUGUUGAUUGUUUUUAUAAGUUUUAGGUCUUGGAUAUUUCCUCUUGAGAAGAUCCAAACAUUAGAAAGAAGACGCAGGUAGAUGGAGAUAGAUAUUAAUAAUGAUGAUUACCUUGGCGUUCGGAGACUCAAUCCAUUCUCAUUUUCAUUCCCCCCUUCCCCCCCUUUUUUUUUUCUUUCCUGAAUCGUUCUAUACUCUAACAUCUUGGUAUCCUCCAUUCAUCCUUUGACUUAUUCAGUUGUCUGUACAGAUGUGUUUUAAGAUGCAGAAACCUUUUAGGUCUCUCUUUCCUUUCCUUUUUUUUUUUUUUGAAGGAUCUAUUGGAUAUGCAUUAGUUGUGGUAAUCUUAAUUCAGCUUCAUGUCCAUCAAACCUUUUGAGAUAUAUGCUCUCGACAAGGAAAGUGGGGGAUGUGCCAAUCCAAAUCUCUUCCCGCACAUGCAUUCUGUCAUCACCAACUUGAAGCCCCAUUAACACCUCCACAUGUAGAAGACA